AUGAAAAGGGAUGAAAAAAUUAUGCAGUGUCAAAGAACAGCGCUAGAAAAGCUUCUGCUCCGUGAUAGCGAAUUGGCGCACACUCACAUUGAUCCUCGAAAAUGGAUCUAUCUGAUCACCACCAAAAAAAUGGGCUCCACAGAAAGGGUGAGAAAAAGAGGGCACUUGUGGCUAGCCCAAGGGCCGCACCUCCAUACAUGGCGCCACAGCCGCAAUUGUAAUCGCGCUGACAGUGGCAGUGGACCUCAGGGCAAGGUAUUCCACCUCGGCCAAUCACCAAAGUACGACUUCCGUCCGGAUGCUCGACGAUCCUCUCUGGAACAACAUAGCUGCCGUCCGAGGCCCUAUACACGACCUGAAGCCAUAAUAGUAGCCAUUAGUAAUGACAAUAUUAAGUAG